UUUUAUGACCGGACGGACUCCCUAACAAAGGCAUUCCUGACGUAUGCGUCCCGUCCCUACUUUGGACAAGAUUAACACUACUCAAAUUGUGUACCCCUUCCAAGACGGUAGGGUGCAGUCUGAUGAACAUUUGACUCAUAUUUCUAGCUUGUUGAAUGACGUUUAUUUUCUUUAACCCCCAGACCAUCAGUGAGACAUGGAAAACGUACUUCGUAAAUACUGCCAGCUAUAUAUACCUGCAGAGGUAUAUCCUUACAUAGAACCAGGUAUAUAUGCAAUCCUGUUGGCAUCAGGUGGUGCUUUUCUGGUAAGUUUUAUCAAACGAGUACACAUGCACCUGAAAGUUAAGGCAGCCGUAAAGGAUGCCCGCAAUAAACGUGCAGAACAACUAAAAGCAUUGAAAGAGAGGUUACAGAAAUCAAGUCUAACAGAAGAAAUGAGAACCAGAAUUCUAUCAUUAGAUGUUGUUGAACUCCAGAAGCAACUCAAAGAUCGUUCAUUAAAAGCAAUUGAUGUUCUUCAAGCUUAUCAGUACAAGGCACUUGAAGCACAAGAGAAAACCAAUUGUUUAAUUGCAGUAAUUCCUGAAGCUGAGGAAUUAGCACUGAAGUGUGAUUCUCUGCCAUCAGUGACAAAACCUCUUCACGGAAUCCCAAUUAGUCUGAAAGAAAAUAUAAUCUACAAGGGACUUUACUCAACCAACGGUUUAGGUUCCAGGCUGUUGAACCCACCUUCUGCACGUGAUUCAAAUCUUGUUAAGUGCCUGAAAGAACUUGGUGCUGUUCCAUUUGUCACAACAAAUGUACCACAGACUUUGAUGAGUAUCUCAUGCGAUAAUAAUAUUUAUGGACAGACUAGUAACCCACAUAAAGCUGAUCGUUGUCCUGCAGGGUCCAGUGGAGGAGAAGCAGCUCUCAUAGGUUAUGGUGGAUCAAUUUUGGGUAUAGGAUCGGAUAUUGGUGGUAGCAUUCGCUGUCCAGCUCACUUUUGUGGUAUUUAUGGAUUAAAAACAACUAUUACUCGUAUGGGGACUGGAAGUUUAUCUAUUGCUGCAGAGAAACAAGAUCUCAUUCGUCCUUCUAUUGGUCCGAUGGCACAGACUGCUGAUGGUUUGAUUAUUGCAGCAAAAGCAUUGUUUUCUAAGAAAGUUUUUGAAAUGGAUCCCCAUAUAUCCCCUAUAGAAUUCCAGAAUCAUUUGUUUGAAAGCAAGAAAAACCUGCGGAUUGGAUAUUAUGUGACUGAUAAUACAGUUAGUUCUAUCCCAGCCUGCCGCAGAGCAGUUCUUAUGGCAAAGAAAGCUUUGGAAGCUAAAGGGCAUACGGUCGUUGAAUUUACUCCUCCCAGAGUCCUGUAUGCUCUCUGCUUAGCAUCACGCAUAUUGUGGUUGGAUGGCCGCAGAUUAGGCAAGAUAAUAGAACAUGAGGCACCGAGUAAGGAGCUGUUCUUUCUAAGAAUUACUGAAGGUUUUUCCAGAAUUUUAGCUCUCUUACUUUAUUUUAUUGACAACACUUCAUUUCAAAUCUUAAGAUCAAUGGAUGGAUGUAGAAAAUAUCCUGAAAUAUAUAGUUUGGUUGCUGAAAAAGAAAAAUAUGAUAAAGAGUUUGCUGAUGCUAUGCAAAAAGAUAAAUUGGAUGCUCUCAUCUGCCCUGUCAUGUCUUCAACUUCACUUCUGAUAAAGUGUUCAAACUUUGGAAGGUUUCCGUCCUACACCCUGCUCUACAAUCUAUUGAACUACCCUGUUGUGUCUAUUCCUGUUACCAAGGUAACAGAAGAAGAUGUAAAAAAGACUUACAGUGCUAAAACAUUGACUGAAUACUUUGUGAAAAAGUCAAUUCCAGGCAGUGUUGGACUCCCAGUCAAUGUCCAGGUUGUUGUUCCUACAUAUAGGGAUGAGCUUGCACUACGCAUCAUGAAAGAACUGGAUAGUGAACUGAAGAAGAAAAGCAACUAGCGUGUAUAACCAUCCUUACUUCAUGAAAUCCCAGUGAUACAUGAUAACUAGUAUCACAUUGAUUCCACUUUAGAAGAAGGUUAAUAUGAUGUUGCAGGACCUUGGUCUUCUUUAUAAAGAAUAAUGACAUUUAACUCCUAUUCCUUGUUUAAGAUGGUUAGCAUCUGUCCUUUAUUAUGUCUUGUUCAAGUUUGCAAUGUAGAACUUUAAAAUCACUAUUUCUCCACAUAUGGACCUAAAUUUGUCAUGAAGCUUGGCAGGAAUUGAAAUAUAUUUUGCUUGUGACAUAUUGCAAGAAAAUCCAAAGAAACGAUCUUUGGUGAUACAAUACUGAUUAUUAUAAUAUCAGUAUUAUAGCCCAUCCCACACACUACCAUCUACAUUCCAUUCAUCUCAUAUUCUACACAUGUGCCUCCCAAUAAUAUAACAAUCUACACUGCCACAUAUUCUACACAAUCAACACCUGACAUUAAAACACAUCACACAACACAAAUAUGUGAUAGAGUCACCACACAACACACAAAGCACAUAGCAACUCACACACCACAAAUAUGUAAUACAGGCACCACACAACACCCGAAGCACAUGGCGCAACUUACACAAAGCAAAUAUGUGAUACAGUCACUACGCAACUCCCAAAGCACAUACUCUACACAAUGCAGAUGAACAACUAAAGUAACAUAUGAAGGAACCUAACAGACCCAUUAAGUAGAAAUCAUGCUAAAAGGGACAUUGAAGCUCAACACAAGUCUCUGGUUUCCUCUCAAACCUUUCCAUACAUGCCAGGAUAGAAAGCGGACAUUAGAUAAUGAUGAUUCCAGUAAGUCACAAUUCUAAAACCACAAAAGACAAUGUUGUAUGCACUUCAGUAAGACACAAGUGCAUCUGGUGGUGCAGUGGAAACUCAGAAAAAGAUGUUGAGAAUAUGAUAAAAUAUAAUAAUUAUAUUAAUAAAUAUGAGUAAGAAUUUAUUUUAGUAUUUAGCUUAUUGAUAUUCAUUACAGUUCAUUCUGGAUAUCAUUACAUCAAAUGUUGUCUGAAAAUAAAAUGCUACUGUAAGCAGAGUUAGUGUAAUGCUAGUAAUUUAUAAAGCAAAAAUCCAAAUUUGAAAUACGAAAGUAGCAUUUGCAUAGAGUAGUGUGAUUCUUAAAGAGGGUCUCCAUCACAAGAAUUAAGUCAGCUAUAUCAUUUAGCUAGCAAUAUUAUAAAAAUUCACAUAUUGUACUUGAAGAUAAUACAAGCAAAUUAUCCCCAUGUGAGAAACGAAUGUUAAGUAAUGAGAUCUAUCUUAAAUAUCAACUACAGUUUAAUAAAUGGUAUCACACAUUAUAAGUUCUAAUCUGAGACCAGUUCUAUCUGUAGCUGGGUGACUAUACCAUUCAUACAUUACUUCAGGCAGCUUACCAUGUCAUCUUCUUGUGUAUUAUAAAUUGUGUCUAUUAAUUUAUUAAUACUAUUUCAUUUCCAAUUUGGUCACAUAGCACUAGGAGGGGAUGUUAUUCUACUAAUGGCAGAAAUCUGUGCUUAUAAUGCCUAAUAUUACUUCCAUUAAAUCUUAACAAUAUUAUUCAAAUAUAUUAUUUUUACAAUGAAAAGCAUAUAAUUUUGAUUUCUUUUUUUAAAUCUUGUCGAGAAUUAAAAGAAUAUUAAUUUUACCUUUUAAAUGAUAUUAUAUUGCCUUUAUUUGUAAGAUUUUAUAAUGAAACCAAUGGACUGAUUUUAAUCUUCUUUUGUACUCAUUUUAAGAACUCAAUAAAUUUGUGUACAUCUA